AUGAAUUUGCACUUAACAAUUGUGUGUGGGGUAAAUCUCGAGAUAGGAGAUAUCUAUACUUCUGAUCCAUAUGUUGUUUUUUCUGUGAACAAACAAACAUAUAAAACGAAUACCAUAAAAUCGACAUUAGACCCAGUCUGGAACAAAUCGUUUGACUUUCAGGUGACUCCGGGCACUUCAAUUGAAUUUCGAAUCUUUGAUUACAACACAAUUGGUUCUGACGACUUCCUCGGUAAUUGUUUUUGGUAUGUUCCUCAGAUGCGCACUUCAGAGAAGCGAAAAGAAAUUUUGAAAGUGAAAGAGAAGGGAUUUUUUUAUUUUGAUGUUGAUUGUGUUUCUGGACAAAACGUGGCGCCCAACAAUGUUAUAACAAGAGAAGAUAAAAUGUUGUUGGAACUUAAUUUUGAGGAGAUUUAUGGAUUUGCAGAAAGUUUCUUCAAGAAAUACAAUAAAUACACCACAAAAAACAUCACUUUUACUGUAGGUGUAUCGACUCCACUCACCCCCAAACAAUAUUUAAUUUCUAAAAGUGGUAACGACAAAUCGGAUUUAACUAAAACGUCAUUUGAUCAAGCACUUAGGGUGGAAGCAAGGGUCGGAGAUCAAAUAACAUUCGAACUUUGCUCGAAAGUGGGAAGAGACAAACUCGAUGUGUUGGGGUGUUCAACGUUUACUGUGCCUGACUUGUUACCGAAUGAAGCGUUUGAAGUUAGCACUGCGGUUGAAGAGAGUGGGAUGAUACGAAUGAUUAUGACGUGUUUGCGGAGUGUUUAUCAGAACAUGGAUGUGCAAUUAAUACCAAAAGUACCCAAUUUUCAAGGAAAUUUUAACAUCAUCAUUGAAAAACUCGAGAAAGUCAUAAUGAAAGGAUACUUUUAUUGCGUUGUCGAAAUUAAAGAUUUGGUUUACAAAACAGCAUAUUUACAACCAAUCAAUGGGACUGUCACGUGGAACCAAUUCGGCAUUGCAGAAUUUGAAGAUGGAGAUCUUUGCCGAUGCUCUAUCUUCGAAAAGAAUCCACAACUGGUCACCCGAAAAGGUGACAAAAAGGGAGAAUCCAAAGUGCGACUUAAUGCGAUGGAAUGUACUGGAAUGGCUGUUGUACCAAUCGAGGACUUUGGUGAACUCACACUGCGAUUUGAAAGAAAUAGAAGCGUUAAUGAUGAGUAUUACCAAAUAUGUGACCAAACAGUUAAUAAUUCGGGACUCAUUGAAAAUGUGACAGAAAUAGAAAUUCAACAACCAACAGUCGAUGAGGGGGUCGAUGAUAAUGUAAACAUUAAUCAACUCAAUGGAGAAACUUUUGAGCAAAUUGACAUAGAACCAAAUGAUAAAUUUACGAAAGUUGAGGACGCAUACAAAAAGGAGGUCGAGCAAGAAGAAAUGAUUAAAAGUAUCAAAGAAACUGAAAUAAAGGAAAUCACAAGGAAACUACAGACUUUGGAUAAUAAAGAUUUGUUAGUUGUAUCUGCAGCUCAACAACAAAAUGUAACACCUCCACAAAUUGAACCAAAAAAUGAGUGUGUUAUGUACGAUUUUACACAUGAAGAACCACCUCAACAAGAACAACAAGAACAUGAAAAAUAUCAGGAACUUGUCCCUCCAAUACUUCCACCACCAAGAAAAACACAACAAAAUACAACAAUUUUAACAGAAGAAAACACACAACAAACAUUACAAAGUGUAACAAAUUUAGAUGGCACUAAAGACGACACCAUUGAAAGUAAUUUGGCACCUGUUCUCCCAUCGAAACCAAAAAGAUUAUCACAAAAUAAAAAUAUACAUCCAUUAAAUAAUGACGAAAUUGAUCAAACAAAGGAAAAACCAACUGAACUAACACAACAAAUCACACAAAUAGACGAAACCCCAAAAAUUAACAUAAAUGUUGAUGAGUUGGAAUGUAAACUAGAAGAUGUUGUCCCUGUUCUUCCACCAAAACCAAGAAGAUUAUCGCAAAACAAAGGAAAAACAAUACCAAAAAUGGAAGAAGAAGUGUCAAAAGUGGAAAAACAAGACGAAGAAAAACAUGAUCCAAUCGUCACACCUAUCACUUUAAAAGACGACCAAAAGGAAAUUUCACAAAAGGAAAAACAAAUAGAAGCACUUCCACUGGUACAACAACAUGAGGAAUCGAUACAAAAAGAAUUACCAAAACAGGAAAAUAAUAGUUCACCUAAUGUCACAACACAACAACAAGCACUCCAAAUAAAUGUCACAACAAAGACUGAACCAACUGUGUCUAAGGAAACAGAACACAAACAACACGACGUUAAACCAGUAAACUUAAGACCUAAAGAACAACGAAAACCAGUGAGCACACCAGCACACCCUCAAACUCAGCAAAGAAAAACAGUCAAGAGCACAAUAAUUGAACCUUCUUUGAAGCAAGAAACAAAUGCGAAAAUGACAUUCUCACAGACAAUACAAAAAGAAGAGAAAAGUUGUGAAAGUCCAAAAGGCAAACACAGAGUUGUUCCAACUGCCCAGACAUCUCAACAACAAGAAAACGUGGAAUUGUUAUCUUUUAAAGACAGAUUUGUGAUGUUCGAGAAAUUGACGAAAGAUACGGACAGCAAACAAGUGAAGACAUCAAAUGCUAACGACAUGUCACAAAAGAUGGUUGCAGUCUCAAAGGUUGCAACUCAGUCGGCAACACUUUUACAACAACAAACAGCAAAAACUACACCACUUCCAUCAAAUACAACAGAACAAAAGAAAAAGACACCACCCCAACUGCCAAAAAGAAAAGCACCACCUCCUUUGCCACAAAGAGGUUCGAAACCGUCAGGUGGAAAGGUGGGACCAAGUGGACAGAAGAGAAGGCCACCUCCCAAAGAUAUUUCAAUGAAAGACUUCAAAUAA